AUGAUCAGCCAGCUCGGAGACGACCUCCUCGUCCAGAUUCUCAUCCGCCUCCCCGACCCGAGACCCGCCUGCCGCUGCAAAUCCGUCUGCAAGCGGUGGAAUUCCCUCAUCUCCACUCCCUCCUUCAACCGCCGCUUCGUUCAUCACCACCACCGCUCGAAUCGCCGCCACCUCCCUCUCCCGGACGAUCCGAACGAGCUGCAAUCGACCAUCCGGAGAUUAGGGUUUCUCCCUCGCACGUACGUUCGAGACGAUCUGAGAGUCCUCGAUUGCUUCAAGGACUUGGUUUUGUGCGGGUUCUGGGAUUUGUAUAACAACAACAACCACGAAUUGGUGAGAUCGUACUUGAUCUGCAAUCCGUUCACGAAGCAGUGGGUCGCCCUUCCUCUAGCGCCUAGAAAGCGCGUCGGGUACGAACAACCCGUCGCGAGGUUGGUUUGCGAACCCUGCAAUCCUAAGAAACUCGAUCUGGGAGAUGACGACGACGACGACGAAACGGCGUCGUUCGUCUAUUCUUCCGAGCAUCGGUUUCGAGUGGUGUGUAUUUAUCAGGUGGGGCCCACUACGAUGCUGGACGUGUUUUUUUCGGGGACGUGGAAAUGGAUGGGGGAGGUUGUUGCUGUCCACGAUUGUGUGAGGUUCGGAGACAAGAGCGUGGUUUCGUCGUCGUGCGACGGGGAGUUGUUCUGGUCGUAUCUGAAAGAAGGCGGCCGGGUCCAUGAUUCGGUGGCUGCCUUGAAUCCUUUCCGGUUCCGUGCUGUUUCCGUUGAUGUCUCUGCGUUCGCCGCGAAACCGUGGUGGGUGAUUUCGGUCUCGCAAGGCGCGUUGCACGUGAUUGCACUCGAGGGCCACGGAGCUGCAGGUGGAGCCGGGUGGCGCUUGAGCGUCUGGAGACUGGAGGAAGACCGGCGAUCAUGGAGGAAACUGUGUGAAGGGUUGGUGAGUAAGAAGACAACGAGGUGCGGGAAAUAUCGAGUCGAGAGGUGCGAUGUUGAGCUUUGUCUGCAUCCGAGUAAGCCGGGAGUCGUGUUGUUCAACUGGCUUGAUGGUGGUGAUCGUGAUGCGAAUGCUAUACUGUCCUGGGAUCUGCGAAGAGAAGAGGUGGAGCUGUUUGCUGAACUAGAAGCGGGCCCUGGUGUCUGUCGUUUCAUGGUGUUCCAGCCUCGUGUCCAUUGUUGGCCUACUUCGAUUCGAGGUUUUAAAAAUCGUACCCUAUUGUCCGGUUAG